UGCUGAUCCAUUUCAGAGCAAUAUUGAGCUUUGAAGUGUGAGCCAAACGUAUCUUGGUGAACCGAUUCCGAUCGCUCAACCUGGUACCGAUCAACCAGUGCUGCUAGGCGCCAUGGCGUACGCAGGCUUGAAGGAAGUGUUUGUGGUGCUGGUGUUAAUUGGCGUAAGGUCGACGGUCCUAGCGCUGGCCGCCAGCGACCUGAGUGAGCUGGAAGCGAGUGAACUGAUGGCACGAAACUUUCUGAACGAGCUGGAGGAUGAUAUUCUGGAGAUUAACUACAACACCACCCUGCAGUCCUGGAACUACGAAACGAAUAUUACCGACGAUACGCUCGACAUGCGCAACGAUGCCGUUGAUGAUCAGGGGCGCUUUCUGAAGGAAGUUGCCCGUGAGUUGCGGCUGUACGAUUACAACAACUUUAAAGAUGCUGACCUGAAGCGCCGUAUCAAGAAGCUUACCGAUUUGGGGUAUGCUGCGCUGGAUGAGACGAAAUUCUCAGAGCUUGUCGAUGCGAUUUCGCGCAUGCAGGAAAACUACGCCACCGCCAAGGUGUGCCAGUACAAGAACGAGUCGAACUGCAACUACGGGCUGGAACCGGAGCUGACCGAGACGCUUGCAAAGAGCCGUGAUCCGGAGGAGCUGAAGCACUACUGGGUGCAGUGGCACGAGGUGUCCGGCAAGCCGGUGAGGAAAGACUUUGAUGAGUACGUGGCGCUGAAUCGCGAGGCAGCUCAGCUGAACAAUUUUACGUCUGGUGCUGAGUACUGGCUGGAUGCGUAUGAGGAUGACACGUUCGAAGCACAGGUUGAUGCUGCGAUCGAGCAAAUCCGACCACUGUACGAACAGAUCCAUGCGUACGUUCGGUACAAGCUGAGGAAGCACUACGGUAAUGAUAUUGUGUCCGAGAAGGGUCCAAUUCCGAUCCAUCUGCUCGGCAACAUGUGGGGACAGACGUGGGACAAUAUUGCCGAUAUAACGACACCCUUCCCGAACAAGAAGCUGCUUGACGUUACGGAGGAGAUGGUGCGACAGGGCUACACCCCGCUGAAGAUGCUUCAAAUGGGCGAUGAGUUCUUCCAGUCGCUGAACAUGACCAAACUACCUUCCACAUUCUGGGAGAAGAGCAUUCUGGAAAAGCCAAACGAUGGGCGUGAGCUUGUAUGCCAUGCCAGUGCGUGGGAUUUCUACAAGAAGGAUGAUGUGCGCAUUAAGCAGUGCACACGAGUCAACAUGGAGGACUUCUUCACUGUACAUCACGAGCUGGGACACAUCCAGUACUAUCUGCAGUAUCAGCACCUUCCAAGCGUUUACCGCGAGGGAGCCAACCCUGGCUUCCACGAGGCCGUCGGUGACGUUCUUUCCCUGUCUGUUUCAACACCGAAACAUUUGGAAAAGAUUGGACUGCUGAAGGACUACGUUGAAGACGAGGAAUCGAAGCUCAAUCAGUUCUACCAAGCUGGUUUGGCGAAGCUGGUGUUCCUGCCGUUCGCCUACACGCUGGACAAGUAUCGUUGGGAAAUAUUCCGUGGUGACGUUAAGCCAGAACAUUACAACUGCAAGUUCUGGGAGAUGCGCACGAAAUAUUCUGGCGUUGAGCCACCGGUGGAGCGAAGCGAGAGUGAUUUUGACGCUGCGGCCAAGUACCAUGUGUCGGCUGAUGUAGAGUAUCUGCGAUACUUUGUGUCGUACAUCGUACAGUUCCAGUUCCAUCGGGCGGCCUGCGAAAAGGCUGGCCAGUACGUGAAGGGUGAUCCGGAGAAAACGGUAAACAAUUGCGACAUCUACCAGAGCGCUGAGGCAGGUAAUGCACUGAAGGCGAUGUUGGCUAUGGGCUCGUCCAAACCGUGGCCGGAUGCGAUGGAGGUGCUGACUGGACAGCGCAAGAUGAGCGCCGAUGCGCUGAUUGAAUACUUCCAGCCGUUGUACGAUUGGUUGGUGAAGGAAAAUAAGGCUCUUGGAGCACAUGUUGGAUGGGAGGAAAAGCCCAAGUGCAAAUCAGCUUAAAUACACAACACAUCCUUCGUUUUUGAUCUCCAGACUAUUUAAAGUGCAUCGACACGAUCGAGCACAUGAUAUUGCUGAUCUUCUGGAGUAGAACAUUAUCGUUGAACUCGUUAAUAAAAUAAGACACACUAAAAUAUUAAA